GCUUCUUCACCAUCAACACAUGGCAGCUAGGUUGUAUCUUCCUUGCUAACAGUCAGUUUCUAUAAAAAAUAACCGUCUUUUUGCUUUUAUUGCUCUUGGUUCGGCCAUCAAAUGAAAGUUAAAGUCCUCUCCAGGAACCCGGAUGAUUAUGUCCGGGAAACUAAACACGAUAUUCAACGAGGUAAGUGUGUAAACCUAAUUACUUCAGCAUCUUCCCUCAGCAAACAGUUCUUGGUGAAGGUGUGGAAUCUCACCAAACAUGAAUGUGUUCGUACUCUCCAAGCGCACGAGGGCUUCGUCCGGGGAAUGGUUGUCAGAUACUGCGGCACUUCCUUCUUUACGAUUGGUGAUGAUAAAACAAUAAAACAAUGGAAAAUGGAAGCACCGGGAUACGGAGAAGCGGAGGAGCCUCUUAACACUAUCCUUGGCAAGACUGUGUUCACAGGACUGGACCAUCACCUAAAGAAGGGUGUAUUUGCAACGUGUGGCCAGCAGGUGGACAUCUGGGACGAGCAGAGGAGCACCCCCAUCCGCUCCUUCACCUGGGGGGUAGACAGCUUCAGCUCUCUCCGUUUUAACCCCGUGGAGACUGAACUCCUCGGAAGCUGUGCCUCUGACAGAAGCAUCGUUUUAUACGACAUGAGGGAAUCAACACCUCUUAAAAAGGUGAUCAUGACCAUGAGGCCUAACACGCUAUGCUGGAACCCGAUGGAAGCCUAUAUUUUUACAUGUGCAAAUGAAGACUAUAACCUUUACACAUAUGACAUGAGGUACCUGGAGAAGCCCUUCAAAGUGCACAUGGACCACGUCUCCGCCGUGCUGGACGUGGACUACGCUCCAACCGGACAGGAGUUUGUUUCUGCUAGCUUCGACAAGACCAUUCGCAUCUUCCCUAAAGACGCAGGACACAGCAGAGAAGUGUACCACACCAAACGCAUGCAGCAUGUCAUCUGCGUCAAGUGGUCGGCAGACAACCGGUACAUCCUGAGCGGGUCGGAUGAAAUGAAUAUCCGACUGUGGAAGGCUAACGCAGCUGAGAAACUGGGAAUGCUGGCCCCCAGAGAGAAAGCAGCCAUUAACUACAGCCAGAAGCUGAAGGAGAAGUUCCAGCACCACCCGCAGAUCAAGCGCAUCGCCCGCCACAGACAUCUACCCAAGAACAUCUACCACCAGAGGAACGAGCUGAGGAUCAUGAAGGAGGCUCGCCGUCGAAAGGAGAUGAACGUCCGGAAGCACAGCAAACCAGGAAGCGUCCCUCUGGUGUCUGAGAAGGAGAAGCAUGUUGUCACUGUGGUGAAAUAGGGCCUUCUGUUUAGCGAUGAUCAUUCAUGCCUACGGAAAGACUCUGAAUCUUCUCCUGCAAGGAUUCACGCCCGGCUGUCAUUUGAAUAUGAAGCUGUACUGUAAAUAUAUGGACCAGUUAGACUUUGACCUUUUUAAGGGCUUCCUGUUUCAUGAAGUCCGGAGUUUAGAUCUUGAAAAUUAAGACUUCAGUGGAGUUUUGGAUCUAAUGGAAAUAAAAACAAAUAAAGUUUGUUUAAAUGGAUC